UGUUUCAUUUCCGGGUCGCGACCUCACUUCCGCCUCCUCCGGCCGGGCCCGGGCCGGGGUCCGGAUGCUCCUGGGGCCGCGCGGCGCCCUGCGGGGAGCGGUGAGCGCUGACAGAUGAGGAAGUCCAUGAGCUGAGCCCUCCAGCCAUGGCCGCUCCCCGGAGGACAGCAGCUCCCUGGAGGAGAGCUCUGCUGAUGCUGCUGGCAUCGCAGGCCUUGUCCUUAGCGAACUGCUCUGAAGAGGAGGACGUCCCGGAAGAAUGGAUCCUUCUGCACGUUGUUCAGGGUCAGAUAGGAGCUGGGAAUUAUAGUUACUUGAGGUUAAAUCAUGAGGGAAAGAUCAUUCUUAAGAUGCAGAGCUUAAAAGGAGAUGCAGACCUGUACGUAUCCGAUAGCACCCUCCAUCCGAGUUUCGAUGACUAUGAGUUACAGUCGGUCACCUGUGGCCAGGACGUUGUUUUCAUACCAGCACAUUUCCAGCGCCCUGUGGGAAUAGGGAUCUACGGACACCCAUCUCACCACGAGAGCGAGUUUGAAAUGAAAGUGUAUUACGAUAAAACAAUCGAACAGUACCCACUUGGUGAGCCUGCUUACUCCUCAGAUGGCACAGACCCCGGUCAGAAGCACGCUUAUGCUCCGGAAGACGCACCUCAAGAGGAGGAAUCUGUUCUUUGGACAAUAUUAAUUAGUAUUUUGAAACUGGUACUUGAAAUUCUUUUCUGAGUCACUUAGCAUACUCUGGAGUAUAAUACCCCUAAGCUAUGACGUUGAUUGCAGUUUGCUGUGAACCUUGCUACUUUUACCUGGUUGAAGUUCUGGUUACCGUUUCUAGUUGAGGAAUGGAAAAAUAAAGCCAUAUACAGUUCUUUUUUUUUACCUCAGUUACCCCAAAACCCCUAAAUUGGAAAAGCGGCAAGCACAUUAUUUGUUUUCGAGAUCAAAACUCCUAUAAAAGGAAUAUACACAAUAAAACGUUCAAACUCCAUUUUGAUUGUCAGGUGAUGAAAAAGAUUACUGCAGUGACUUAGGUUUAUUAUACAAAAGAAAUCAAAAUAGAGCAACCUUUCAUGCAGUUACACAGAUCAUAUUAAAAGGUUGAUAACAUUAUAAUUUUAUUCUAGAGAUUCUAAACGAAGUUCAGUGUGUAAGUUUUCAAGAGUAACUAAAAUCACUUCGGAAAUGUAAUGAUUUAUUUACACUCCCCUGAGCCGGGACUAAAGCCCCUGUAGGGCUGGUACUUUCUAUCCAAACAGGAUUUCCUGGCAGGCAGGUAUUUACAGACUUUUUGUUCCUGUGCCAAUAAUUGCAAUUUUAAAUCCAGCUGCACCAAAUCUUAAUAGGCCGUUUGUCAUUUUAAUCUUGGGCUACCUAUCAAUUAAAAUUUUUUAGUUAUUAAAUAACUUUGUAAUACUGCCUAUGGUAGGCCAGAAAUAAUGCAUAUUAGGAAAGUUUCAUGAAAAUAAUAGUAACUUUUCAGGCUACUGGAGAAAUAGUUAAGUAUUUUUAAUUAAGUUGCUAAAUAUUUCCACUGAAUUUUUGAAGAGAGCCAAAGUACUAAGAGGUAAAAACUCUU